AUGAGAAUAAUAAUAAAAAUAUUUUUAAUUUUUUUCUUCCAAUUUUCAAAUUAUUUAAUUUUUGCUGAUGAAAAUACUGAAAAUGUAUUUUUCCACCAAUCCUCUUUAAUUCAUUCAGUAUACGAAUCUGUAACAAUUAAAGUAUAUCCACAAAUUUCUGGAGUUAGAGUAGAAGCACCUCUUCACACAAAUGCUUUCCACACUUACGAGUCAUCAGGUAUUUCUGUUGUAGAACCUGGACUUCCUGUUCGUGUAGUUAUUUUUGGGAUGUUUUUGGAUAGAAUAGCAUUAAUUUCGUUUACAACAGAUAAUUGCUUAAAUCCUGGCAAAGAUGAAGAUGCUUACAGAAUGUGUUUGUUAGAAAAAAGGGAAGAAUUGUCUGAUGUUGAAGAAGAUUUAGUUUUGAUAGACGAAAUGCGUACUUGGAUUAGAGCUACCUCAGACCCCCCAGUCCAUUAUAUGCCCGAAGAAUUACAAUUGCUAAUUAUUUUUUGUCUUUUUAUUUUGUCUGCUCUUUUUUCUGGUUUAAAUCUUGGUUUAAUGGCUCUAUCACCACAAGAAUUAACUUUAAUUUUAAAUUCUGGUUCAGAACGUGAAAGGAAAUAUGCAAAAGUUAUUUUGCCGGUUAGGAAAGCUGGAAAUAAAUUACUUUGCACAAUACUUAUUAUGAAUGUAAUUGUUAAUUCAGCUAUAUCUAUUUUACUUGAAGAUUUAACUAGUGGAAUUAUUGCUUUUGGAUUAGCUUCUAUUGGAAUUGUUGUUUUUGGUGAAAUUGUUCCCCAAAGUAUUUGUAUUAAAAAAGGACUUCAAGUUGGAGCAAAAACUAUUUGGUUAACUCGUUUCUUCAUGUUAAUUACAUUGCCGUUAGCCUGGCCUAUAGGUAAAUUAUUGGAUUGCAUUUUGGGAGAAGAUUUAGUAAAUAUAUUUUACUUUUAAAAAUUAA